AUGGCAGAACUUUCAUCUCAGAAGGUUGAAAAUUCGAAUGAUCAAGAUCUCGACGAUGACGACGACGAAGUCAAUUCUUCGAAUAAAAUUACUCCAAAUGAUCACCAAUCGAUUUUUGACUGCAGUAACUCGUCAUCAAUAUCAGCAACGAAAGAUGAUUUCAAUGUCGAAAGUUUAAUCCAAUCCGAUUUGUGCACAUUUGUUCACACAUUAAUACCGAAAAAUUAUUCUCAAUUGAUUCAAUGUCAUCUGAAACGGCAUAAAGAUGGUCUAAACAAAAGUUUUUCUUUGUAUUUCACUGGAAAAGAUCCAGAUGACGAAGCAUUGCUGUUAACUGCACGAAAACAUACUACAUUGAGCGGCCAUACAGAAUUUCUCAUCGGAAUGAAUAUCGACACUCCAACAAAGAAUCUCAAUGAAGAAAAUUCCAUUGCAAAACUACGAACGACGAAAAUAUUUAGACAUGAAUAUAUUCUAUAUGAUUACGACAAAUCUUCUUCCACUAAUGAAUCAAAUAAACCUCAAUCACUUGCAAUUGUUUACGAUGAACAUAUCUUUGAAUCGAAAGAUCCGAGAGAGAUAACUGUUUUAUUACACAAUACUGGUGCCACUAUUCGAGAAUUUCAAAAUAAUGAAACAAUUAUCGAUGAAUGGCGAGCUGGACGUUCAAAUAGUUUACUUGAAUUUAAGAAUAAAUGUCCGAAAUUUAAUGAAGAAUCGAAGAUCUAUACUAUAGGUUUUCUUAAUAACCGUGUAAAACAACCAUCACAUAAAAAUUUUCAAAUAAUCUCAUCCAAUGAACAAGGCAAAGAAAUCGUCAUUUUGCAAUUUGGACGCAUCGAUGAAAAUGAUUUUGUUCUAGAUUUUCGAUAUCCAUUUACAACGAUCGAUGCAUUUGCUAUUGCAUUGAGUUCUUUUCAUAAUCGAAUUCGAAAAUGA